UAUAUUUGAGUGAAUAUAUCGGUUUGUAUUGGCUCAGUGUGUUUGUUACAGCGGGGAGAGGAGCGAGUAAAGCAUCAACACAAGCGGCGUCGGCAGCAGCAGCAGCAACAGCAGCAUCAGUGCAUCUGUGUGUCUUAACAUCGCGCAUAUCUUGUGCUGUCGGUCCAGCAACAAAACAUUCUGAUUGAGGUUUGGCAGCGUGAAUAGCGACGCGCCUGUUGUCUAUAAGCACAGGAAGGAGAACAGCGAAGGCUUUUUUGGGAAGGGGUGUUUUAAAGAAAAUACACUGGCUACAAGUAUAUAUUUAUUUUUUCACAGUUUGUUGAAUUGUUAAUUGAAAAAUGGCGAUCUGUACUCAAUCCUGCAGCCUCUUCUGCUUCGUCUCAAUUCAAACAGUCCUCAUUUUCAGCUUGUCAGCUCCCGGGACGAAUGGCUUCUUAUUCCCCCAGCAUUACACAAUGCAGUACUGGGCUGGGCGGAUAGAGCAGGAGAUCGACCGAGUGGUGCGGCUGGUCAGUGGAGUCCAGCAGAUCAAAGGGAUUUACAACGAGAAAAGAAACCAGUUCGAGAUAAAAAAGAACUCUCCCAAGGAGCUCGUGGAGAAGGUGGCGUUGGACAUUGAGAAGCUGCUGGCAAAGAAGCGGAAGGCGCUGGAGAGGCUGGCGAGGGCUGCCGAGGUUUUCCAGAAAGCAAAUGCCUGGAAGGACAACAUCAAGGAAAAUGAGAUUGAAUACUACGAUGCCAAAGCAGACUCGGAAUAUGCUGAUGAAUUUGAUGGUGAAGAAGGAGCUCAGAUGAAAUCUACCAGUCAGCAGCUGCAGCUGACUUUCGUAGACGAUCCCAACUUUAAGAACCAGGUCAACUACUCCAGCACCGCUGUGCAGAUCCCAACUGAUAUCUACAAGGGCUCUGCGGUCAUCCUGAAUGAGUUGAACUGGACAGCCGCUCUGGAGGAGGUGUUUAUACAGAAUCGCAACGAAGACCCGUCCCUGCUCUGGCAGGUGUUCGGCAGUGCAACGGGAGUGACCCGAUAUUACCCAGCCACCCCAUGGAAACCCCCCAAUAAGAUUGACCUGUAUGAUGUCCGAAGGAGACCCUGGUACAUUCAGGGGGCGUCUUCUCCAAAGGACAUGGUCAUCAUCGUGGACGUGAGCGGCAGUGUCAGCGGUUUGACUCUGAGGCUGAUGAAAACGUCGGUCAAACAGAUGCUGGACACUCUCUCAGACGACGACUAUGUCAACGUUGGGAAGUUCAGCGAGACGGCCGAGCAGGUGUCAUGCUUCGACCACCUGGUACAGGCCAACGUGCACAACAAGAAGAUGUUCAAGAGAGACGUGGAGAACAUGAUGGCCAAGGGCACGACUGACUACAAGUCCGGCUUAGAGUUCGCCUUCAACCAGCUGCUCAACAGGUCCAGCGGCCCCCGGGCGAACUGCAACAAGAUCAUCAUGAUGUUCACCGACGGCGGAGAGGAUCGUGUUCAGGACGUCUUCGAGAAGUACAACUGGCCCAACAAAACGGUGCGAGUCUUCACCUUCUCAGUGGGACAGCACAACUAUGACGUCACCCCCCUGCAGUGGAUGGCCUGCGCCAACAAAGGUUACUACUAUGAGAUUCCUUCAAUGGGUGCUAUUCGAAUCAACACCCAGGAGUAUCUGGAUGUCCUGGGACGCCCCAUGGUCCUGGCUGGAAAGAAAGCCAAGCAGGUUCAGUGGACAAACGUCUACCAGGACAACUUGGGUCUGGGGCUGGUAGUGACCGGAACAAUGCCAGUCUUCAACCUCACCAUGGAAGGAAACAUGCAGAACCAGCUUCUUCUCGGAGUGAUGGGAGUGGACAUCCCUCUGAACGAGAUCAAGAAACUGACUCCUCAAUACAACCUGGGAGCAAAUGGAUACAUGUAUGCUGUUGACCCGAAUGGCUACGUGCUCCUGCACCCUAACCUGCGGCCCAAGAUCAUUAACUUCGGAGAGCUGGUCACACUGGACCUCCUGGAUGCAGAGCUUGAGGACGAGAACAAGCAGCAGAUCCGUCGCGAUAUGAUUGAUGGGAAACCAGGAGAGAAAAGAAUCAGAACCCUCAUUAAAUCAAUCGAUGAGAGGUAUAUCGAUGAGUCGGUACGGACGUACACAUGGGCUCCGGUAAAUGGCACAGACUACAGCCUGGGGCUGGUGUUGCCUCCAUACAGUUUCCACUACAUCCGAGCCAACCUGAGUGACCAGAUCCUGCAGGUUCAGUUGCAAAACAACUUUAACAAGGAUUUUGAAUCUCUGCUGCCAAGCAGUUUUGAGUCCGAGGGACAUGUAUUCAUUGCUCCCAGGGAAUAUUGCAAGGAUCUGCAACUCUCCGAUAACAACACGGAAUUCCUGGACAACUUCAUCGCACUCAUGGAGAAGGUCACUCCGGACUCCAAGCAGUGUGAUAACUUCCUCCUGCACAACUUGAUCCUGGAUACAGGGAUUAUCAGACAGCUUGUGGACAGAGUGUGGAAGAACUGGGACUUAAGCACGUAUGGAUUGCUGGCAGUGUUUGCAGCCACAGAUGGAGGAAUCACACGAGUGUUCCCCCACAAGGCUGCUGAGGACUGGGAUGAGAACCCGGAGCCUUUCAAUACCAGUUACUACCGGAGGAGUCUCGACAAUCCUGGAUACAUUUUCCGGGCACCCUACAGGGAUCAAAACUCUGACCUGCUGGACCCAGUGAACGACACCAUCGGGAUCCUCGUCAGCACCGCUGUGGAUAUCAACAUAAAUGGCAAGGUCUUGAAGCCUGCAGUGGUCGGAGUGAAGCUGGAUCUGGAAUCCUGGGUGGAAAAGUUCAAAAUUCUGGCCAGUAACCAGACUGACAACAGGCAGGGAUCUCGCAAGUGUGGACCAGGAGGUGCCUGCGAGAUGGAUUGUGAAGUCAACAGUGAUGACCUGCUGUGCGUUCUCAUUGACGACGGAGGAUUCCUGGUCAUGUCCAACCAGAAGAGCCACUGGACCCAGGUCGGCAUGUUCUUCAGCGAGGUGGACUCCUCCCUGAUGAACACCCUCUACAACAAAUCCUUCUACAAGAGGAAGGAGUCCUACGACUACCAGUCUGUCUGCACCCCCACCCCCAACAGCAACACCGGAGCAGCCCGCAGAGGCGUCUUUGUGCCCACGAUUGCAGAUUUCCUGAAUUUAGCCUGGUGGACCUCAGCCACUGCCUGGUCCCUGUUCCAGCAGUUACUGUAUGGCCUUGCGUACAACAGCUGGCUUAGCGUAGAUGAUGUCACAGCAGACGACAUGGACUCCCGAGAGGUCAGCUGCAUCACGAAGCAGACGCAGUUUUACUACGGCAACAGGACGGUCGCGUACAAUCAAAUGAUAGACUGUGUAAACUGCUCCAGGCUGUUUAGUGCCCAGAGGCUCUCCAAUACCAACCUGCUGUUUGUGGUGGCUGACAAGAUGAUGUGCUCCUCCUGUGAAACAGUGAAACUGAGCCAGUCCGAGACAGGGUCUGAGGGGCCGCACCUGUGUGGCCAGCUUGACAGCCCCAGGUAUCGGAGGGGACCCCCUACCUGCUUCGAUUACAGCGUCUUGGAGAACUCUUCUGACUGUGGCCGAGGCUUCUCCUUCAGACCCUCUUUAGGAGUGCUGAUGUCCCUCCAGGUGUUGCUGCUGUGUUUGUCUGCCGGCCCCCAGCUCCUCCCCGCGCCCUUCUGCCUUUAACUCUCUGCGGCUUCUUCUUCUUCCUGUUACCGCCCAUCAGCCCAUCCUCCUUCGUUCCCUCAAACCCUAGGUUGUCAUGGUGACGGGACUUCCUGUUUCCCAUUUUUCAGAAGCCUCGAAUUCUGCCUCCGCCUUUUUUCCCCCAACCUCACUUCGACUGCUCUCUGGGAAGCGGGAACAACCGGAAACUCUGACGUCCAGAGAGAGAUUUUUUUUCACCACCGAAAAGAAAACCUUUUGAGAAACAAGAUAUACGGAAGACCCCCCUUUAAGACCUCCUGCCAUAGAUAUCUGUAUGUAUUUCUAUAUCGUAGCCUGACCUGGCAGGAAGAGGGGAGUGGUGG